AUGAAAGACAUCACCAUCCUGGCCAGCAUCCUGCUGGUCUCCGUCGGCCCCUCCCUCAUCAACGCCGAGGCCAGUCUCCCUCCGCGGCCCACGAACGUGAUCGAGGGUGCCUCCCUCUCGGCAACCCCCCCCGCGAUCAUCUACGAGCUUUUCGGACCGAAGAAAAGUAAUACCCAGACUCCCGACGUCAAGGAGCCUCAACCUACGGUCCCCGUCAAGGAGAAACCUUCCACUCUCCUCAUCCACCAAGGUCCCCUAGAGGUACACCACGAGGCCCGCAAGCCACAGAGAACCAAGACCCAGAUCAGCUCAGAGAUAGACGAGACCGCCGAGUCCCCCCUCUGCACGCACGGCAAAUGCCCCAAAGAGAUGGAGGUCCCCCGGACCCUUGAGCCUAAACAGCAGGAGACGGGUGACGUGGAGUCCUCCGCGGACGAUACCGCCGAUUCUUACCUCUGCGCUGACGGAGAAUGUCCCAAAAUGCCUGCGGCGAAGCGGCCGGUCCCCAAGACCCUUGAGCCUAGACAGAUGGAGUUUGGCCAUGGGGGAACCGCUACGGACGACACCGACGAUACUCGCCCCUGCCUUUACGGAGAAUGCCCCCCUAAGAUCCCCAAAAAGAUCUGCACAUGGAACAAAUGCCCCGGCAAUGCGAUGGAGGUCCCCCGGACCCUUGAGCCUAAACAGCAGGAGAAGGGCGCCGUGGAGUCCUCCGCGGACGAUACCGCCGAUUUCUACAAAGAUAGCCCCAAGAGACGUGCGCGCCUGUCGAAGAAGCUGGCCAAGCUGGCGGCCACCAAGACCCUUGAGCCCAGACAGCUGGUGACUGGCGAGCCCUCCGCGGACGAAGAGGAAGAGAAGGAGGAUGAGUACUACAUCCCUCCGCCCCAACGUAUCCGGACUUCCAAGUGCAGGGGCAAGCACAGGAGGACCACUUCCACCACGGUGACUACUUCGUCUACCACCAGCACCGUCACGCCGACUUCCACCACCAGCUCGAGCUCCUCUUCUACCACCACCUCCUCCUCGUCCUCCACUUCCACUUCCACCACGGCAACCGACGAUCAUGUUACGCGAACCACUACGGUUACCGUGACGGCGAACCCGGGCUACAGCCCGACUUACAUCCUGAGCCCGUACCCCACGACCUUCCGCAAGGUUGUCGCUUAAACGCGGUCCGCCGAGAUGUUUAAAAGUGAAGGAUAUCGGAUUCGCCGUCGUCUCUAAGGCUACUGCUAUGGGUUUGGGAGACUAAUGUCGAAAGUGUGGAGUGAAUGAGUAUUCGUUUGUUUUCCCUUGAGUGCAAUAAAGUUCAUGUUAACAAGGAAAACAUGGUGUAUUUGGGGUUUCGUUUGCCAGCUUUUUAGCUGAAUCAGUCCUUUUAGUCUUGGUACGCUUGGUGAGAUAGGUCAUAGUGAAUUCAAGUAUCGUUCUC